AUGGCAAACACACCCAAGUCUGGAGAAUCAAGUCAUAUUGAUAUGACAAAACUGAUUUCUGAAAUGUCAAAGCUUGCCUCACCCUCAUUCUCAUUCCCAUCCUUGCCCACCUCUUUCAACAUCUCAUCUCUGUUCCCAAUUCCCAUGGACAGAACCAACUAUUUGAGUUGGAAAUCACAAUUUGAAGACGUAUUGGAGAUGCAUGGCCUUGCAGAGGUCAUCAAGAAAACCACAGACCCACCCAAAGUGCAAGAAGAUGGCUUUGUGCAUCCUGAGUUCGCCAGAGACAAACUGGUCUUGAGUUGGAUCAAGGCGACUUCCUCCUCUUCCAUAAAGAUUCUACUCAUCCCGUGUACCACCGCCUAUCAGGCUUGGAAUCUUCUGGGCAAGCGCCUCUCACCCCUUGCAGGUACCCGUGUGCGAAUCCUUGGAGACCAAAUUCGCACCCUCAGGAAGGACAACACCACAACUGUGACUGACUACCUCAACCAUGCCAAAUCACUUCUUGAUUCCCUCAUACAAGCUGGUGCAACAAUGGAUGAUGAUGAAUUCGUUAGCUAUGUUCUAGACGGACUUGGGCUUGAAUACAAGGAGUUAGCCACCACACUCCACUUGCACCCAGAUAUUGGUUUUGACCAGUUUUAUGAUCUCGCUCUCAGAGAGGAACAAUUACAGAAACGCAUGUCGCUCAACGUGGCCUCAAGUGUUGCUAUGGCUGCUGAUCGAAUGCCCAAUGAGCGAAAACCUCAUUCAAACUCCGCUGGUCGCCAUCACAACCCCUAUCACGGAUCUGGACGAGGACGUGGACGUGGCAGAAAUUGGAUUCAAGGGCACAAUGGGCAAACAGAUCCGUGGAAAUCAACCCAAGGAAAUUGGCCACAAGGACACAACACUCAGCCUCGUGACCCGCAGAUUGCACCAUCUGCCCCUUCUCACGCCUAG